CGGAGUGACCCCCACACACUACGGCAGAGGAGCUUUGGAUGCGCUUUGGAUGUGCGCAACGGAGCACGAGUGGAACUGCAGCCACGGAGCGCGCGGUGCCCAACUGUGAAUUUUGUUUGUUCCAGUGCCAAAGUGUCUUAUUCCUCCUCGGCUUCAACUUCUGCACCUACUCCCAAAAACAGAUACAAUUUGAGGAAAACCAUUCUCUGCGACGGAACCUGUUGUCGACGACGAUUUGUUGUGCGCUUGGAAUAUUUUUUACUCCCGUAAGAAGUGAGCUCAUGCAGGAAUAAAGCAGCUGAGAAGAGGGGAAUGAGUGUGUGGAUGUGUUUGAUGUGAUGAUCUGCAUCUGUGUGCGGGAAAACAGCUUCCAACUUCAUGCUGUUCCUCUCUGUGACUCUCCGUCUCCGCGACGACUCAGCACAUCUGUAGUGAGGAUGUUUGCGAGGAAGGUUUCAGGAUCUCAAGGAGAGUUAACAGAUUUUUUGCUUGUCUGAUAUAUUUGGAGAAUGGGGGCUAAAUAUAGUCUGAGUGCUGACGAGGCUACAAUGAACAGGUUGGUGUUGAGCUGAAACUUGUGGACAUGUGGGAAUAUGCUCACUUCUAGGACAUUUUAAUCCACACCACCGACAGAGUGAGUGUGGGAUCGAAGGGGAGAAAGAAACACGAUCAUUUAUUUGCUUGAAAACAUUAAUUCACAUCAGUGCAGUUCUCUCGGGGAGAACGGAGACCAACAGGCGAUCUUUGGAAGCAGCUUGUUGAUGGCACUGCGCACCGGGAGGACUUGGUUUGGGCAGGUCUUGCGCAGGGUCUCUCGGCUGCAGGGCUCCUGGUCCAGGCGAUCGAGCAGUCUCUUGUGUCUCUCCGCGAACCAAGACCAGGAUUUCGGGUUCUGUCGCCGGGAACACCGCAAGGGAGGGGGUUUCCAUCGCUGCUCCGACUCCGGCGCCCGCCGCGGCCACCCUCACCGGAGCGCACCUUUCUGCGCCUCCGCCUCCAGGCGCUGCCCACACGACUUCCCCCGCGCCUGCUGCACCUUUCCGGGGAGCCCGAGGGGACAUGAGCCCCUCGGCCGCCAGUUCCUGUUGGCCAUGAAGCGGCAAAACGUGCGGACCCUGUCCCUGAUCAUUUGCACGUUUACAUACCUGCUCGUCGGGGCCGCCGUCUUUGACGCUCUGGAGUCCGACUACGAGAUGCGGGAGAAGGAGCAGCUGGAAGCCGAGGAGAAGCGUCUCCAGGGGAAAUAUAACAUCAGCGAGGAUGAUUACCGCAAACUGGAGACCAUCAUCAUGGAGGCAGAGCCCCACAGAGCCGGGGUGCAGUGGAAAUUUGCAGGGUCAUUUUACUUUGCCAUCACGGUGAUAACCACCAUAGGUUAUGGGCAUGCAGCGCCGGGGACCGACGCAGGGAAGGCCUUUUGCAUGUUUUAUGCCGUCCUGGGAAUCCCGUUGACUCUUGUCAUGUUCCAAAGUCUGGGUGAGAGGAUGAACACUUUUGUCAAGUACCUCCUGAAGCGCAUCAAGAAGUGCUGCGGCAUGAGCAUCACCGACGUGUCCAUGGAGAACAUGGUGACCGUGGGAUUCUUCUCCUGCAUUGGCACACUGUGCAUAGGAGCGGCUGCCUUCUCCCAUUACGAGGACUGGAGCUUCUUCCAGUCUUACUAUUACUGCUUCAUCACAUUAACAACUAUAGGCUUUGGGGACUUUGUGGCCCUCCAAAAGAACCGGGCCCUCCAGAAGAAGCCGCUGUAUGUGGCCUUUAGCUUCAUGUACAUCCUGGUGGGCCUGACGGUCAUUGGGGCCUUUCUCAACCUGGUCGUGCUCCGCUUCCUGACUAUGAACAGCGAGGACGAGCGGCGGGAUGCGGAGGAACGGGCCUCGCUUGCAGGCAACCGGAACAGCAUGAUCAUCCACAUCCAGGACGAGUCGAUGCCGCGUGGCCGGCAACGGCGGGAGCCGUACCGGGCGGAGGUGACUGACUUGCAGUCAGUCUGCUCCUGUAUGCACUAUCACUCACAUGACUUCGGCAGCUCUGGGGGAGGGAUGGGAGGUCUGGGCUGUGCCUUCUCCCAUCAGAACUCAUUCAGCUCGCAGCUGAACCCCAAUCAGUACUUUCGCUCAGUUUCCUACAGGAUCGAGGAGAUCUCGCCCAGCACCUUGAAAAACAGCUUCUUCCCUUCGCCCAUCAGCUCUGUGUCUCCAGGUCUUCACAGCUUCACAGACAAUCACCAGCUCAUGAGGAGAAGGAAAUCUAUCUGAACCCUGACAAACAUGGGACAACUGAGUUUCCAUGUUUUAUACACAAGGUCAAACAUUUCCAAUGCUGCUCCUUACCAAAUCUAAUUUCAGCACUUUUUUCCCUGUUUGGUUGCGAGUAAAAUAAAAAGUAUUCUUGGGAUCAGAUGAAGGACACAGCAAGCGUGGACACAACGGGAUGCAAAGCAUGAAGCAUGGAUUUCUAUUUUUUCAUGAGAUUGCUCCAUUUAAACCAGACACAAACUACAAGACCCUCCUUGUUACAUUUGCAGUACAAAAUUGAUAUAUUAACUUUGGUUUCAUACCAAAUGAUGCACACUGGGGAAAUGCUAUUUUUCAAAAAGGAAGUAUGCUUGUUUCACCUUAACUUGAAGAAACUUUUGCCGUUAUUUACGACUCCAUUGCCUCACUGCAGACAGAGAAUUUAAAAUGACUUAAAGCAUCAGGUAUUGUUUUCUAUAAGCAAUCAUAUAUUUCAAUGGUUUCGCCACAUAUCAAGCCAAAUUAUUGUUGCCAAUAUUAGCAUGUGCAUUAGAUGUCAUUUAAGUAAGUGUGCCAUGGUUUUGUGACAUUCUUUGGUCUGCUUUCAAAGCAGAUGUUUGAUGGCCAUCUGUUGUUUGUCUUUGAUUCAAAGGAUCAUGCUGCUGGUAUUGACAUUCACCCCUCACACUGAAUCUGAUCUGGUCAUAAAAGCUUCAUCCUCACCCACGGCCUUUUGCAGAAAGAGUCAAAACAGUUCUAAAGGCAUAUCUGCCCUUUCCGCCCAUUAUUUGUUGGAUAUAUAUUUUUUUCCUAUGACGUUCAUAUGCAGUCAGUUAAAUCUAAGUGCACAGGCUCCUCUUUACAUUGACUGUUGUGCAGCAGUAUUCAAUAGUCAUAAGGGAAUAACUGCUGUAAAAUAGGAAGUGAUACCAGUGUUUUUAUUAACAGUCACUAAAACUGACCAGAACACAUUGCUAGUGAUAUAUAACACAGGGGAAAUUGAGUUUUAGCCUCUAGAAUGGUUUCAAGCUCCAAAAUACACGGUCCUACAACUCUAAUGAUGCAUCUUUCAUUAAUCCUUCUGGAUGAGAAGAUUGAAGCCAAAACCCCACACAGGCUUUGUCUACCUCUUUUCCCAGGUCUCCUAAAAUACAUGUUUCUCUGACUGCUCCAGCAAAUUAAUUUCAAAUGAAGAUAUGUGUUUAAUUGACAUUUACAUUUACAUGAUGUUAAACAUACUUGUUUCCGUCCGAGAUUUCUGAUCCACACUACAAUAAUAUUUACUAGAGCCUUAUUACACUUGUUAUGGUUAUGUUUGGUCUCUGCCAGCAUUUGGUUAAGGUUAGGGGGAGAUUUAGUUUUAACAUAGACAAAGUUCACAGUGACUUCAGACACAACAUGUUUAUUCAUAUUGGACCAAAACCAUAAUUUUUCCUGAUGCUAACCUCAAACUGCUUCUGUUGCCGAAAGCUAACUUCAGACUCUGGAUGUGAGGAGGUCUCUGGUUUGUACAUUUGCCGUUCACCCAAACCAGGGAUGCUGGAAGUCAGCAUGAGUUGGGGGUGCUGAGAGAAAGUCUAUAAAAUGCUGUGAUAUUAAAUACAGUGCAGGGCUUGUGAUUUAUUUUUAUUAAUUUGAUUAGUUCAUACUAGUUUUAGAAUUUGAAUAUACGAAAAGACAUUGGACCUGGCUUUAGGGCCAUUACAAUUAUUUAGAGAUGCUCAUCAAACUAUUACAACCCCUAAAAUCUGCGAUCCUAUCAGAUUGCGCCGUUAUAUACGACGUAUACUACAUGUGUGCUUUGCAUAGGCUACACAGAAAAUACACUGAAUGCUCUAAUUAUGGGAGGAUGUUAGGGCUACUACUAUUCUGCUCUAAAAUGUUUAUCUUGAAAAUGAAAUUAGUUUUGUUUAAAUUGAUUUGUUCGAACACUUUUUUGAGUUGCAGUUACAGCCCCUCACCAUGAGGGAGUGCUGCAGCUUCCUUGGCACCCCGACUUCCAGCGUGUUUGGUCCCAACCACCUCCUGGCAACUCUUAUGCCAUUAAUAAACGUAGAGCUUCAUGAAUUCAACAAAAAUAUGUUGCCUCUGAACAUAAUCCAGCCAGCAAUUACGUUUCAUACAAAAAUAUUUGCUGUUGCUGUUUAGAUGUAUGGAAACCUAAUUUUUCGGAGAUUUGGGGCAGGUUGAGUUGUGACAAGUAAAGUGAACAUCGUCAUGGGAAGUUUAAUCUGAGGCAUUAGGAACUUUGAAAAGUAUGAAGUAGUUUCACACACACACACACACACACAUUUUUCAAGCUGACUUUACAAGCAGAGUAAAUGUUAAUCCGAGGACAAGCGUGAUCAUCCCUCAAAGUCAAUGCAGAGUACGUGAUGUAUGUCCAUAUAGCAGCUGACCCUGAGUCAGAUCUCACUGAGAGCAGGAGUGUUGACUGAGACGGGGAGGCAUGCCGAUCUGAGCCGACAACUUCUCAGGCUUUGAUGCUCUUCAUGGAGCCAUUAGGAAAACACGACCUCUUCAACGUAUCACUACGGAAACAAUCUGAAGAGUAUGAGUUCAUGUGAGGGGACAGCAUUAUUCAAAAGUUAAUAACAGCAGUAUGAUCCUUUCGGUGUCUGUAAAAUACCAGAGGAAGAGAAGUGAUUUGGAGGAUUGUUUAAGUCCGAAAGAUCUGAUAAGUGCAUGAACUGUUUGUGAUGAAUGGGGAAAUGAUUUCAACAUAACUUUAUAAGUAUUUUAAUGGCAAAUAGUCUUAACGAAUGAUUUACAACAUAUGCUGUUUCUUUUGCCAAAGUCCAGCAGUUUUUUAAAGGGAAACACUUUAGUUGCCUACUUUCUAAUUUUCCUUUCAGAGAAAAUGUACAAUAAUAUUUGUUCUCAGGUUUGAACGAAUAUAUAUAUAUUUUUUCCUUUCUGGUUUACUCCUAAAUCAAACACAAUCCCAGAAGUGCAAGUGCAGCGGCCAAACAAUACAAUGUACAUAUCAAAAUCCUUGUUUCCAAAUGGUAGGAAUUUUUCUGAGAAAUGCGACUGAGAUGCAUCAUCUCACUGAGGCAAGUGCUGUGGCUGCUGGCAUCAUUUGUGAGCGCCGCAGUAGCUUGGAAAUGUUUGAUGCAAUUCUGGAUAUUUACGUUGAUUAUAGGCCUGUUAUAAAGCCAGAGCCGCCUUUUCUGUCACAGCUGGCCCAGUGUUUGCUGUCGAAACCUUUCACUACCCCUGAUCUCCCAAGUUAAGCAGGAUUAAUGUGCUCAACAUGAUUUGUAAAUGCAUUUUUAGUUGUAAAUGUAUAUUUAAAUAUGUAUCUUUGUAAAGACUGAAGGAGAGGUGAUCUUUUUUAUGUUAGCACAGGGCUGGGAGCUAUUUUUUAUUCCCUUAGCGAAUUCUAUUCUUCAGAAUCAAUCAAUAUUUCUGGAGGAUAACAAUUCUUGCUACAAAUUUUUGGACCUCGACUUUAAAGAAGCAUUACCUUCAGUAUUCUUUGCAGCUUAGUGUUUUACAGGCUUCUAUUAAUUUCCUGCAUAGCUGAGCAUGCCUCACAAGUUGAAUGCCACCCUGUUUGUGCAAAUGGUAAAAUGCCAUGGAUGCUAUUCAGUCGAGACGAACGUAACCAGGCAUGGAGUCCAAGAUAAGCCCGAAAAGCAUUGUUUCAUUAUCGGAACUAUAGCGGCUUAUCACAAAUAUCCUGUACAAUAUGUUUAUAACAACCUUUGGAAUAAAAUGGCCUUUUCAUGGCUGAGAUGCAUAUGUAUUUUUACACAUUAGCAUAUGUGCCUUGAAGAAACAGUAGUCAGUGUUUCUGUUGAAGUGGGCACAUUUUAAAUACCAUGGCUGCGGAUCUGUUUGUGCUUUAGCCAUCAGAAGCUUUUUGAGGUAACAAGAGAGCAUAUGUGGCUAAUGUAUUGACAGAUCUAAGUCCCGAAAAAAACACAUUCAAUUGAAAAUCAAUAUCUGAUUUACCUUCUAGAAUCAAGUACACACUCAGCAGACUGAAUCACUUCCUUUCUUUUGAAGACCUUCUCAUCUUAUGAUGACUUGAAAGAUAAUUCCAGUUUGAAGCAACCGGGUUCUUCUAUUUUCAUAGUUUUGUCUGUCCUUCCUGUCGACGAGUAACAGUACGGAGCUCAUAGAGGCAACUGCUGAGAUCUGGGAAAGUCACAUCAACGUUAAAGAAUGAGGCUGGAAACAUUCGGUCAAAUCCUAAGAAACUAGCAAAACCAACUAUGAACGGAUCCGAUUAAUAAGUCUUGUUUGAAGUGUUGGAGUAGGUUUAAAUUAUCACUGAGCUGCAGAGCUCCAUCGCUGUCCAAAAACUACAAGGCCUACAGACUUACUGUUUAACCACGUGUGCGCCCAGGAGAAGGACAUCAGCAUCAAGGAGAUCAGCAUCUGGCUAAUGUUAAGAUCAAGACAGAAAGAGUGACGAUUGUUCAUUCGUAGGUGGAAUAUCAGUUACCCCCCCCACCACCCCUCAAGUAGCGCCAGAGGGACAACAAGUAUUCAAUAUACACUAAAAAAGCAAUACAGAUCUGAGGAGAAGUUCAGACUGAGGUGGUAAUUAUCUGUGGCUUUCACACUGUGAGUGGUAUCUUAUCACACAUGGUCAUGUGAGCCAGGGUUUACACAGAAAUAUUGACGAGUGCGGCUUUAAAGAUUUCUAUCAGAGUGUCACCAACAGGGAAUCACAGGCUAUUGGUUUUGUUCUUUCCAUGGGAUUUAUUAAGAAUUCAAGAAUAUAGCAUCACUUGCCUUAGAUAACGCUCGUCAAAGUUAUGUGGAAGAGAACAGAAAGUCUUCAUCAAUCAUCUUCCCUCACCGUUCCCAGGUCUCAGCUGUUACGUCGGGGAUUACAACAUUAUCAGAGUGGCCAUAAGUAUGAAAAUAGGACUCAAGUUGCCACAAACCGAUCCAUCAAACACUCCAAGCACCGACAGGGUUGAGAAUAUUUAAUAUAUUGAGUGUCACUGAUGAUGAUGAGUCGUCUGCCUUUCAUUCGCUUCACAGUCAAACUCUUACCACGCAACGUUUUUGGGGAAUGUAUCAGCCAUAAUGGAUCCUCCACUGAAAGGAAGCAGCAAACAACUGGACUCAUUUGCUCCUCAUGAGCUGCACGUCUGAUUUUUUAUUUUAUUUUUGCAUACCCCCUCCCACAUGUACACACAUCACUCAGAUCUGUCUGCCAUCGUCGCCACGUGUCGUAUUGAUGGUCCUCUGCUGAAUGUUACUCUAUAGCACAGAUGGCGAGGAGAAAUGGCUACAUCAACACACACAACCAAACACACACACACACUCACACACUUGCCAUGGCCCUCAACAGACUAAACAGUGCGACAUUGUGUUUUCUCUCAUGUUUCUCUGCCGCGUGGCAUCAAACAACUCAAAGGUGAACGGAAAUCUGAUGAUCUGGUUAGAGGCCGGUUGUUGGCUGGUUGUUGGCUGGAUAUUGGCUGGUUGUUGGCUGGUUAUUGGCUGGCUGUUGGCCGGUUAUUGGCUGGCUGUUGGCCGGUUAUUGGCUGGCUGUUGGCCGGUCUUUGGCGUCUUGCACGCGCCGUAGUCGUGCUCGGCUUCUAGGCGUCAUUUUACUGCAUGUGGCAGUAUGUGCAGGCCAUUUUCUCUGUAGACAGUGCCAUGUUUUCCUAUGACAGGGACAAAGAGACACAAGUUGCACUACUCUCUGCGUAAUAUGAUAUAACAGAAAGACUGUGUUCCAUACAUUUGUGAAAUAUCCUUUGCAAUAGGUUCUUCUGUAGGUCUGAUGAACAAAUACCGUGUACCAUAUUCCUUACAGGAGAUUGUAUCCCAUCUCGUUGGCAUCCAUAUGGUUUGAUGGUCAUGUUGAACCCACUGACGUCUUCUGUCACAGUUUUGAAACUGAUGUCUGUACAGUACACUCCCCGGUCUUCUCACCACACUGAGAAGAGAUUGUUAAGAAUUGUUCAGAGUGAAUUGAACAUUUUACAUUUGUAUGAUUUAUUUUUUCUCAGUUUUUUUUUCUUGUUUUUGGUGCGUGUGUGUGCAUGAUUUGGUGUGGAUGACUCACUGGGUUCCACAGCCUGGGUGAAGCCAUAACACACUUGAAUAAAAAUGA